GAAAUUUGAUUCCGCUUGUAAACUAUGGUGUGAAAGCAAUGUCUAUGGGGUUCAUAAUAGGUGAAGAUUCGCCAGUUGUCUGGAGAGGACUUAUGGAAAGUGUUGUAAUUGUAUCUACACCACAAGACAUAGCACUUGUAGAUGCAAGAAAAGGUGCCAAUAU